AUGGUGCUCAAGGGUUUCCCUCGACAUCUUACGGACCAGCUGGGACGGUUGGAUGAAACGAGGUUGAUGCCGAGUUGGUUGCCUUUGCCGAUCGAUCCUGCUACUCAUCAGAGGAGGCAUCUACGUUCUCCCCUUUACCAACCCUCCGCUCCUUCAAAGGAGGGCGAUGCAGAUCGAUGGGAGCCAAUCCCGAACCCAACCCCUCUGUCGGCGGAAGGUCGGCCAAUCUUGCGCAUAUUCGUAAUGUCAUCCAAGAAACGAAUCCACAAACUCGCCGUUAUCCGACACCGUACCCGCACCCGUCUCGUCUCUGCCCUCCGUACCGCCAUUUUUCGUCUGCAAGACUCUGAUAUCGAUGCAGCUCAGACGCUUGAUCUGCGCAAACAGGUAAUCAUGCUUAUCGCCAGCCCAACCGCCUACAGUCGCAAGAUGGAAGUAUUGGUCAGCGGAAUGGAAAAAGCUCUACGACGAGUCACUUCCACUCCAACCCACAAAUUCACCCCCAUCGAAAUGAAAAGUAGCGACCAGCGCUACGAUAAAUAG